AUGAAAGAUCUCUAUACGUUUGAUCUCACAACGAGCGAAGCUGUUGAGACCUAUCGCCAAGUUUCUGGGGCAUAUCGGGCCUUCUUCGCCGAGCUCAAACUGCCCUACCUCAUCGCUGAGGCGAGUUCUGGUGAUAUGGGUGGUGAUCUCAGUCACGAGUAUCACCUCCCUAGUGCCGUUGGUGAGGAUUCUGUUGUCAACUGUGACUCAUGUGGCUAUACUGCCAACGAUGAGGUCGCCACUGCCCGUGUGCCCUCUGCCUCAAAGAGUAGUGGGGAUAUUUCGGCAUCGCAAUUCCGUGUUUGGCGAGGCAUUUCUAAAGAUCGAAAGGUCUUGGUUAACGCUUGGUACCCUCAAACAUCUGGUGAUUCUGCUGACAUCGGACCGAGCCUUCACACUAUCAAAUCAGUUGUUUCGGAACUGGACACAACGAUUGAGAACCCUCUACCACUAUGGGCAGAAGCGCUAAAGAGUGGCAGUGCGCAAAUUAUCAAUGUUGUUGAUGGUCAACUUGCUUCGAGUUUUGAGAAUGUUCGCAAUGAGCUGCCGUUACUGCCCAAUGAUCUCGAAUGUCAUGAAGCGAAAUCUUCUACGGUCGACAGCUCAGACAGUGGUGCGGAAUUGAACUUGGUCCCUAUUGCUGAUGGUGACGGCUGCCCUCGAUGCGAGAUAGGCACAUUGAAAAUCCACAGAGCAUUGGAAUGCGGCCAUACGUUUCAAUUGGGAACUCGUUAUUCGGUGCCUCUCGACGCCUGUGUUACCCUCCCACGAUCAGGACUUCCUGAGGCGGCUGUGGAAGAAGGUCUAGCACCAGGGAGCCUUGUACCCGUUCAAAUGGGCUGUCACGGCGUUGGAGUUUCCAGAAUCUUUGGUGCCGUAGCUGAGAUUCUUGCCGAUGAGCGAGGACUGAACUGGCCCCGCGCUAUCGCGCCUUUCGAGGUUGCGAUCAUACCUUCGUCUGACUUGGGCGAUGACCCUUUGGUCAUCUACGACACACUUGCCAAGAACAACGGGUCACAACCUGGCUUGGAUGUUGUUCUUGAUGAUCGCAAACGAUCAUUUGGUUGGAAGAUGAAAGAUGCCGAUAUGGUAGGAUAUCCUGUUCUGGUGAUCCUGGGCAAGUCUUUCAAAGAAAACGGCACUUGUGAGGUCCAAUGUCGACGACUGUCUGUCAAGGAUAAUGUCAAGGUCGAUGCGCUGCCCGAGUUCAUCUCGAAUCUGUUGGAGAAGCUAUGA